UUAGGUUCCAGAUAUACUCAGCUUUUUUAUUCUAAAUUCUAGAUACAUCUUUUCAUAAAUAACCAUUUCAUAAAUAAUCCCUUAUAUAGACCAAUCAAUCUUUUUUCCAUCUAUUUUACGUCUUUUGCACCACUCCACCGCAGCAAAAUAGAUGUUUGUUUGCCAUGUCUACCAUAUUUGGCUCUACAACAACUGCUUCAUCCUCAAAUAACAACGCUAAAGCCUUAGCAAAAUAUAGAAAAAGACUAGAUUUAAAAAAUAAAAACAAUAACCAGAAUAACACUCAGAAUUUCAACGGCAACACCAAUAAUAAUAAACUGAUUAACAAUCAAAAUUCAAAUAACAAUAUAAAUAGUUUACAGUCUAUAAUCACAAAUAACCUAAAUUCCCAUGAAAAUUCAACUCAUAAUAAACCUAUCAAUCUUAAUUCAAAUCCCAACAACACCUCAAAUAUUACUAAAAACAACCAUAUAAUAACUCCCAUAACACCAACAAAAUCUCUUAUUGUUUCCUCAAAUUCAACUUGGGACCUUGAAAAAACCUUGCAAAAUUUUAAUGAAAAUGGCUCAUUACCUCCAAUAUUAUCUCCAACUUUACCCCCUUGGACUAAAAAUAUAUUAGAUAUCCCUGAUGAUGAUAUCAGUGGCAGAAAUAACCAUAAAAAAUCUUUGUCUAACAAUUUCAGCAGAAAUGUCAACCAUAAUAACAACAAUGAAAAGAGAAAACUACGAAAAAUAAGCUCAAAAUUGAAAUUAUCUAUAAACCCAAACCAAAAUGACAUAUCGGAUUCUGAUGAUGACGAUUUACCUAAAAUUUUAUCUCCAACUAUUCCUUCUAUAUUUAAUUCUCCGAACAAUAAUAAUGCAAAUAACUUUACUCUUAAUAACAAUAAUAAUUCAAAUAAUAAUAUUAUUCAUCCUCUACCUAAAAAGAUAAUAAAAGUUUCCAAUCUGGAAAACAAUCUAAUAAAUUUUAAUAACAUUCCAAAUACUAAAAUAAAUAAAAAUAAAUACGUCUUAAAUAUUCAUAAUAGAUCUUUAAAAGUAAUACUAUAUAUACCCCCUUCAAAAUUAUCAACAAUAAAAAAUAAAAUCUCUACUAAAUUGAAUAACAAUACAGACCAAGAGUCAAAAAAACCCUUACCUUCAACAAAAAAAUUAUCCUCCUUUAAAAACUUAAAACAAUCAAUUUCAAAACAACUUCAACCUCAAUCUCAGUCUCAGUCUCAGUCUCAAUUCCAAUCUCAACUGCAAAAACGUAAACUUUCAAUUUCACAAUCUAAUCUCAAUAAUAUAUCAAAUAAUAAUUCUUUUGAUACUAAUAAUAAUGAUAACAAAAAUAUUGGAAUUAAAUCCGGUUUAUUAUCCCCAAUUCAUAUAAAUUCAGUCAGAGAAAAUAAUAACAAUAGCAAAAGCAAUGCUAUUAAUAAUACUCUUAACAAUAGUCUUAAUAUUAAAGACAAAGAGAAAUCUACUGAUAAAUUUAUUGACAAGUCUAUAGAAAAAUCUAAAGACAUGAAACAAAAAGAAAGACUUAAACCAAAAAUAAUUGAAAAGGAAAAAGAAAAAGAAAAAGAAAGAGAAAAUUUGAUUUUAAAAGAAAAUACAAAGGAUAGACAAAGGGAAAAAAUAAAAGAUAAACCAAAGGAAAAAUUUAAAGAAAGAGUAAAAGAGCAACCAAAGGAAAAAUCUAAAGAAAAACCUAAAGAUCAAUCCAAGGAUAUAUCCAAAGAAAGAUAUAAAGAAAACCCCAAAGAAAGAGAGUUUUCUUAUCCAAAUCCAAACUUGACUCCAAACAUAAAUAAUAAUCUUAGAAACAUUACUGCUGUUAGUUCUCCAACUAACUCGAUCUCAUCAGUUUCAAGAGGAGAAAGAAAUUUUGAAAAUAAAGAUUCAACUCGUAGUAUUUUAUUAAAUAAAAAAAAAUAUUGGUUUGAAAAGGCAAAACAAAAAAAAGCAGAAGUUGACAGAAUUAAAACCGCAUUACCUCCAAACAACAAAAACUUUCUAUUAUUUAUAUCAUCUAGUUUAGAUGUUAUAUUAACUUAUAUAAUAGCUUAUAAUUAUGAUGAAAGAGCUCUAAAUUUUGAAAAAAGAUUACCAAGCGAAAAAAACUGGAAAUCAUUACCACUUCUUAUUGAUGGAAUUAUUCAAUUUAUUAAAUCAAAAAGAGAUAUUAUUCACCCUAGAAUUUUGGGCCUUUGUUACCAAAUUAAAUCUGCGAUACUUGAACAUAUGAGAUGUUUAAUUUCACAAAGAACAACUAGAUUGGUUAAAAGACAAGAAGAAUUGAGAAAUAUUAAACAAAGAAGAAGUGAGGAAAAAGAAGAACUUGAAGAGAUCAAUGAUAAGUUUAUAAGCUUAAUGCCAAUUUUGUUAUCAUACUCAAACAGUUCUAAAAAAUAUUUGUUAUUGGGUGAAGAGUUUUUAAGUUUCAAGCUUUUAGAAACAACAUUUCCUCGAACAUUUUCUCGAAACUUAAAUUUUCAAUCUCAAUAUUUUAAACAUAUUCAAGUUUUAAAAUUUAAUGGUAAAAAUACUAUUAGCAUGAUUGAUUUUUUUGACAAUAAAAAUAAUGAUGGUAAUCAAAAUCCUCCUGAUGAUUAUUUUUAUUUACCAUUUAAUAAUUAUUUGAGCUUACAGCAAGUUUGUGCUUAUUCUUAUUCCAUAAUUAAUGAAUGGGUUCAAUUAGAGAACAUAACGAAUUUCAAUUGGUCUUUUGAUAAUAAAAGAAAUAGUUGAUAAUAAAAGGUUUUUGGUUUUGUUUAUAAAAUUAUUUUAUUCUUUUUAUUUUUUGUUUUUAUUUGUUGGUUUAUUUCUAUAUUUAUUUUUUUGAAGAGAUCACUUUUUUUUUGAAAAGCCUGUUGCUAAAGGUUUAUUAUCUUAUUUUUAUUUUUAUUUUCAUUUUCAUUUUCGUUUUCAUUAUUUUUUUUUUG